AUGUGCCCAUAUGCCGUCGUGGUCUUCCCGGUUGCUCUCGACCCCGUCGUCAUCGAGCUCGAAUGCGACCUACUCAAGCCAGGCAACCCUCACGGUGAUACGCAGAGAAGUGCGCCGAUACCCAUCGAUUAUGCCGUUCCCGUGAUUGAUCCUAUGCACACGCCCCCCGGGCCAACACCUCACCGGCGCACACACGCUCGCUCGCUGAGCCAUCCCUUCCCGUCCAUCUUGCCGAGCAACGCCAAAAGGAGUGACAAGAAGGUUACGAAGAAGGAUUUUCUCGAUUCAGAUGAUGACGAUGAGGUGACCUACGUCCCCGAACCGCGAUCCAGUAGCCCGCGGAAACGAUGGACGCCAGCAGAGGACUUUGUGAGCGGGAAAUGCAUGACAUGCAAUUCCACCGUGCGAUGGCCGAGAAACUUGAAAGUAUUCAGGUGUACAGUAUGCCUGACAGUCAACGACUUGGAGCCUUGCCCCGCCUCCUACGAUCCCCCACUUGACCAUGGCCAUCCUCCUCCUCCCCCUCCAAAGGAUGACUCCUCGAAGACCACCCUGCCAGCGGCUCCGUUGUCUAUCGAACGAACGCGGGCUAUUAUCGAUCACUGUCUGUCGGUUUACCUACGUAGCAAAUUAGAUGGUCGUCAACAUCCGUCGUCUGCGCCUUUACACCGUUUCCCAGAGAAGACCAGUGUCCAGCAGCAUGCUACAGAUCACCCAGAGCCAUGGCGGUUCCCUGCAGGUCCAGGCCCAAUACCAAGCCCUACGAAGAGACAAGACAGCAGAUUCCUUACGACGCCGUCGAUCGAUACACAACGGAAAGACCCUCGUGCCAGAAGCCGUUCUAGUUCCGAUACCCCGCCCGUACGGAGAAUUGAUCGCUCCCCACAAGGGAGGGAUCGAUCACCUCAUGGCGCUGAACAGAAGGGCCAUCCCGAGAGUCGCCCGUCUAUCUUUCGGCCUCUCGAGGAAUACAUAAUCAGUUCCUUCACAGGCUGUGACUGUCUGAAUAUGUCAUUCUUGACACCCCGCCCAUCGCAUCGAACUGCCAGCGAAAGCAAUCCAGUAAAGGCGAAUCCCGAACCGUCAUCCCAGCCCAAUUCUCAGGAUGUACCAGUCUUCGAACUCGAUGCAAAGACUUUGCUCCUGGGAGAUGUCGCAGAAAAUUCCUCCUGGUGGAUGGGAGGUCGACCCCGCCGUCAUGAUAUUAAGGACCUGCACGCGAGAGACAAAUCCCCGGCCCCGUCCAAAUCCCGUGUGACAUCAAGGUCUCCUCGAAUCGAAUGGGCGGAACUGGCUGAAUGGUAUCGCUUGGUGAUCAACGUAGGGGAUUCAUGGAGGGACAUGUGGGCUGCGAUGGCCCCGUCUGAUACCAGUGGACAAGGUUUGGAGAGAAGGAAACGCUGGGAAUCAGUUGACUUGGCUGUUCUGGAGAAGGAGAUCAGCGACGCGCGUAUACAUACUCAACGGACGCUUCUCAAAGCAACCGAGAAUCUUCUGAAGCGGCCUCGACGUCCACUCCAGCGUCCCGAGAACACCAGAUUCCUUCUCAUGUUGCUUGCAAAUCCUUUGUUGUUUUCCUCCACUUCAUCCCAAACCCAGCGUUCUGGGACGGCGGGACCGCCGAGCGGAGAGCAAGGAUCGAUCACCAACUUUAGCAGGCCAUACAAUCCGGCCGAUCACAACCCAGGUCGGCGAGGAGAAGCGGCACCUGCCAAGUCAAAGUCGGGAGGGCCGGGCCAUCAUUCUGGUAUCAUCAAAAGGAUCCUGGGUUUGAUUUCGAAUCUGCCCAACGAUUGUCACCACUACCUGAUCAGCUGGUUCUCGCGUUAUUCGGAAGGACAAUUUGAAAAACUCGUCAACCUUGUUGGAGGGUUCGUCACCUAUCGACUGAUGCGACAGCAUGGACAGCAGCGGAGUGAAACUGCCAAGCCAUCGUCUAAUGGCCUGGUCCCAAGCCUCCCAGACACUCUGGGAAACACUCACGCAGCACAAUUACAUGCGGCCCUCAAUGGACGAUCUCCCUCUAAGCCCCCCAAUGACGGCGGCAGACGACUCAUAGUCUACAAUGAAGAUUGGCAGAUUCGGGCAGCCGCACGAGUGAUGGCGUUGCUGUUUGCAGCGAACAAUAGCAAUAUUCCCCGAAAGCGCGAUGGCGUCCUUUAUGAUCCGAAAGUGCCGAAUCCCGGGCUCGCGGCUAAGCACCAUGCUUACAGUCAUGGCCAAAUGAUCCCCAUAAGCUCGUUCUACAAUACACUACUGGAUUACUCUGAUUUGGUUGCCGAUUUUGAAACGUGGGAAUCCAGGAACGGGAAGUUCUCCUUUUGCCAGUACCCAUUCUUUCUCAGUAUCUAUGCGAAGAUCCGGAUCCUGGAAUAUGAUGCACGUCGCCAGAUGGAAAUCAAAGCGCGAGAGGCGUUCUUUGACAGCAUCCUCAGUCGCAAGGCUGUCAGCCAGUAUCUGCUUCUCCGAGUCCGACGAGAUUGCCUGGUCGAAGACAGUUUACGGGGUGUCAGCGAGGUGGUUGGGUCCGGCCCAGAAGAGGUCAAGAAGGGUCUGCGGAUCGAAUUCAUUGGCGAAGAGGGCGUCGAUGCAGGAGGACUCCGCAAAGAGUGGUUUUUGCUGCUUGUGAGAGAGGUCUUCGAUCCUAAUCAUGGUAUGGCGUCGACCGCUUUCCAGGUAUGUGAUGGUCUGUUCAUUUACGACGAUGAUUCUCAUUUCUGCUAUUUUAACCCGUUCUGCUUCGAAUCGUCGGAGCAAUUCUUCCUGGUUGGGGUGCUGUUGGGUCUGGCGAUCUACAACUCGACGAUUCUGGACGUCGCUUUACCGCCGUUCGCCUUCAAGAAGCUUUUGACUUCGGCACCAGCGCCGAGUGUCUCUUCUUCCAUGUCGACAUCGAGAAACACGUAUACGUGCACGCUUGAUGAUCUUGCUGAAUACCGGCCAGCAUUGGCCAAAGGGCUGCGGGCCCUGCUUGAAUUCGAAGGAGAUGUCCAGGAGACUUUCUGCUAUGACUUUGUCGCACAGAUCGACCGCUAUGGCCAACGCAUUGAGGUACCUCUCUGCCCUGGUGGUGAGAAGAGACCCGUAACGAACGCCAACCGGCACGAGUUCGUGAAUCUGUAUGUCCAGUAUUUGCUGGAUACGGCUGUCCAGAAACAAUUUGAGCCUUUCAAGCGGGGGUUCUUCACCGUGUGCGGAGGCAAUGCCCUCUCGCUGUUCCGGCCCGAGGAAAUUGAGCUCCUGGUGCGCGGCUCGGACGAACCUCUGGACGUGGCCUCGCUGCGUGCGGUUGCUACCUACGAAAACUGGCCCAGCGCGGACCCCGAGUCUGAGCCCGCGGUCCGAUGGUUCUGGGAAUUCUUUGCCGAGUCAUCGGCCCAGGACCAGAGGAAAAUCCUGUCGUUCAUCACCGGCAGUGAUCGGAUCCCGGCGAUGGGAGCGACGAGUCUGAGCAUCCGGAUAUCCUGCCUUGGGGAAGACUCGCCCCGGUACCCCAUCGCGCGCACCUGUUUCAACACCUUGGGGUUAUUCCGCUAUUCUACGAGGAAGAAGCUGGAGAGUAAGCUGUGGGGAGCUGUGGUGAAUAGCGAAGGGUUCGGGUUGAAAUGA